CUGUCAAUGUUACAUUUCGCAACCAUCACGAAGUGUGAAAGCUGGUAAUAUUUUUGGCUAAAUACGAAAAUUAUAGUGUAGCUUACCAUCCAAAAUGAGGAAAGCUGGGAAAAAGGUUGAUCAGACGCAGUCUAAGCUCGAUAGACCAAAAGGAUCUAGGGCGGAACUAGCGUCAAGAUCCGAACAAAAUGUAAAAAUCAUGAAAAAUGUAGAGUCUACCGAAGGACCUGGUCAGAAAAUAUCGCCGCGCGUACGCCGAAACAUGGAGAGGGUAGAAAUGCUUGCCAGACCAAACGCGCGUCGUUUACGCUCUCUCUGGGAUGAGAAAUGCGCUAUAUUGCCACCUGAUCGGAGAGAUAAGAUUAAAAGUGCGCUAGAAGAAGAUUAUUUCCUUAGUCCCGAGCAAACUGAGCAAUAUUUUCAAGCUCUUCAAGAGUCAUCCAAGCGCUGGUCUGGUCCCGGAGGCAUGAUGAGCCGCAAGGAUCAAACUGAUAAAGCUCGAGAAUAUCGACAGCGGCAGAAAUGGCUUGUCAAUUUUAGUGCGCAGGUGGCGUAUAAGUUAUGCGAUUAUAUAGCCAAAGGACAAAAGGAGAUGUUAGUUUCCAACAGAUUGCGAAGUAUCGCCGAUGUUGUUUUGGAGAAGGUGGCUGAAAUUUUAGGCGAACCGAAGCCAUCGCGCACGCACCCGGGCCGGCUCGCUCGGUUCAUGGUAGCGAUAUCUGAUCGUAUAGCUGUGUGGAUAGAGAAUGCUGUGUACCGCGCCGAUGCUAUAGAACCUUUCGAAGUGGGCUCGGUAGAUGAACACAUGCGUCUUGACGCUGAAAAACCACUAAUUAGCUAAGCGUAAGUAAAUCGCCCAUGUC